AUACCUUGAAGAGGUUUUGUAGGUGUGGGUUGAGUUGAGGUGUUGCGAAUUGCUAUCGAAAUCAAAUCGAAUCGAAUUGAAGGAGUUGCGUUCGAGAGAGAGUUGAAUGGGUUCUUGGAAGAGUGGUUCGAUGGGUUUGGAGAGGAUGAGCGUGGAGCAGUUAAAGGCGGUGAAAGAACAGAGCGAUCUGGAAGUGAAUCUUCUGCAAGACAGUCUCAACAACAUUCGCAGCGCCACCACUCGCCUCGAGAUCGCUUCCUCCGCCCUCAACGACCUUGCCGUCCGCCCUCCCGCCAGCCAAAUCCUCGUCCCCCUCACCGCCUCCCUCUACGUCCCAGCCACUCUCCACGACUCCACCCACGUUUUGAUCGACGUUGGCACCGGAUACUUCAUCGAGAAAACUAUGGAUGAAGGAAAAGAUUACUGCGAGCGGAAAAUCAACCUGCUCAAAUCAAACUUUGAACAACUUGUUGAGGUUGCAUCCAAAAAGAAAAACGUGGCAGAUGAAGCUGGAGUUAUUUUACAAGCUAAAAUGAAGCAAUUAGCGUCUUCAUCCUAAAAGUACUUGUAUAAUUCUCUUGCUUCUUCCAAUGCAGUGUACCAUAGAAAAUCAGCGGUGAUAUUAUAUGUUAUUUAAACCUUUUAUUUUGUUUGGAAGUGUUUAGAAAAUGGAGUCAAUCAAUGACAAUUGAAAUCUAAAGGGUGAUUAGGAAUUUAA